AUGUCUCUUCGUCCACUGUCACGUACAGUCCUCCCUGCUCUCACGAGCCUGAUCGGCUCCGGAGGUUUCAUCAUCGGCUUAUGGAGCUUCAUAUCUCCUGCAUCAGCUGCGACAGCCUUUGGGGGAUAUAUGGUUCGAGUAUUGGAGGCGACAGCGAGCUCAAAGGCCGAUAGUGGGAUGAUAUACAUCUACCCUCAUGGCAUCCGCAACCUCGUCCAAGGACUAUCGAUCCUGGCUCUUACAGCAUAUUGGCAAUUUAGUCGACGAUGUCAGAGCUCGCCCGUAGCGCGAGUGACUGUUCAAAGAUGCCUGGGUAUUGUCAUCACUGCGAACGCGUUGACGCCGAUGGUGGAUGCGUGGGUGAAUCUGAGGGCCGCACAGAACAGAGAAGAGGGAGAUUUGGAUAGGAAUGCUGCUCGAUUGCACGCGACGAGGUUGGUUUUUUGGGCGGUAGGAGGUCUCUGGUGCUUACUCGGAUAA